UAGCGCAUGUCUUCCCGUCGAGUCCGGCGCAUGCAAUCGAGUCUGGCACCUGAUGUCGAGUCUGGAGCAUGUCGUGUCAGCAGGCACCUGUCUAAAAGGCCGCUUAACCCUCUGAUGCCAGGAACGAUUUCAAGGACUGGGCACUUGGAGGAGCAGUGGACAUCAUGCUGCCCUGGGCUUGGUAUUGUUCGUUCCUUCGAUAGGCAAUCUGCAGACGUGCGAGACGCCCAUGAUGGCAGUGGAGGUGCUACUUCAGCUGAGCAGGCGGCCAUGAAGAAAAUCCGCCAAACGCUUGAUGGCUUGCUUCAGAUAAAGGCUACUUGUGCAUCAGUCCGCACACGACAAACGCAGAAGAUGUGGGGAGAAGUCUGACAAUCAAAUGCUCUUG